AUGAGUGUCCCCAUGGAUGUCAACGGUACAAUGAGUGUCCCCAUGGAUGUCAACGGUACAAUGAGUGUCCCCAUGGAUGUCAACGGUACAAUGAGUGUCCCCAUGGAUGUCAACGGUACAAUGAGUGUCCCCAUGGAUGUCAACGGUACAAUGAGUGCCCCCAUGGAUGUCAACGGUACAAUGAGUGCCCCCAUGGAUGUCAACGGUACAAUGAGUGCCCCCAUGGAUGUCCACGCGGACGACACUAGAUUUAUUCAUGGAAGGAAAGUUAGCGGUGCUGUGAGAGCCCUAGUUACCACGAACACAAGAGGAGGAGAACCAGAGGGGAACAGGAGGAGGAGAACAAGAGGAGGAGAACAAGAGGAGGAGAACAAGAGUAGGAGAACAAGAGGUGGAGAACAAGAGGAGGAGAACAAGAGGAGGAGAACAAGAGGAAGAGAACAAGAGGAGGACAGGAGGGGAACAAGAGGAGGAGAACAAGAGGAGGAGAACAAGAGGAGGAGAACAAGAGGAGGAGAACAAGGAGGAGAACAAGAGGUGGAGAACAAGAGGAGAACAAGAGGAGAACAAGAGGAGGAGAACAAGGAGGAGAACAAGAGGUGGAGAACAAGAGGAGGAGAACAAGGAGGAGAACAAGAGGUGGAGAACAAGAGGAGGAGAACAAGAGGAGAACAAGAGAGGGAGAACAAGAGGAAGAGAACAAGAGGAGAACAAGAGGAGGGGAACAAGAGGAGGAGAACAAGAGGAGGAGAACAAGAGGAGGAGAACAAGAGGAGAACAAGAGGAGGAGAACAAGAGGAGAACAAGAGGAGGAGAACAAGAGGAGAACAAGAGGAGGAGAACAAGAGGAGGGGAACUAGAGGAGAACAAGAGGAGGAGAACAAGAGGAGGGGAACUAGAGGAGAACAAGAGGAGGAGAACAAGAGGAGGGGAACUAGAGGAGAACAAGAGGAGGAGAACAAGAGGAGGGGAACUAGAGGAGAACAAGAGGAGGAGAACAAGAGGAGGAGACCAAUAGGAGUAGAACAAGAGGAGGACCAGAGGAGGAGAACAAGAGGAGGAGAACAAGAGGUGGAGAACAAGAGGAGGGGAACAAGAGGAGUAGAACAAGAGGAGGAGAACAAGAGGAGAAGAACAAGAGGAGGAGAACAAGAGGAAGGAAUGAGCUACGAGGAAGGGCUAAAGGAACUGAAUCUCACGUCCCUGGAAGACAGAAGAACAAUAAAAGAGGAAAUAUUUCAUGUUGUUGUUGUAAAAAAAGAAACUUCAAACUCCCACAACACCAAGCUUCAUAUCAAAAUAAGGAAGAGGUCUCGAAGGCACCAAACUGGUUCCCAACUGAGACUUUAA